AUGGCCGCAACUAUAUUCACACCACAAAAUCAAAAUGUACAACAACACCAGCAGCAACAGUCUUCCCGAGGACGCCCUGUGUCGACACCAAUCCCAAUUCCUUACAGACUUCCAGACCUCGCUCAACCUCCACAACUGACACAAAGUUCAGUACGUAGGGGCAACAUGUUUGGUCCGUAUCUUUUGUUACAGACCUUGGGUGAAGGUGAAUUCGGCAAAGUUAAACUGGGGAUGCAUGUAGACACCGGAGAGGAGGUAAGAUGGUGGUGGAGUUGUAGCAGAGUGACAGAGAUUGAAAUUUUCCUUAAAGGAUAUAAAGUUGCAAUCUACGAACCCCUUCUCCAAUUAACCUUUUUGGUUGCAAUAAAACUAAUACGUAAAGAGUCUGUCGAUAGUCAGUCUAGACUUCAAAAAAUUGAAAGAGAAAUCGGUGUCCUAAGGAACGUUAUGCACCCCAAUAUUGUACGAUUAUAUGAUGUCUUCGAGACAGAAAGAUAUAUCGGAAUAAUACUUGAAUACGCUUCUGGUGAACUUUUUGAUCACAUAUUAGCACAUCGUUAUCUCAAGGAACGAGAUGCCUGCCGACUGUUUGCCCAGUUGAUCAGUGGUGUAAAUUACCUACAUCAAAAGAAUAUUGUACAUCGCGAUCUCAAACUUGAAAAUUUGUUGUUGGAUAGAAAUCGCAAUAUUAUUAUUACAGACUUUGGUUUUGCCAAUCAAUUUGACAGUGCCAAAGCUGACUUGAUGGCAACUUCUUGUGGAAGCCCAUGUUAUGCCGCCCCUGAACUGGUCAUUAGUGAGGGACUUUAUGUUGGAAGUGCUGUGGAUAUUUGGAGUUGUGGGGUUAUAUUGUAUGCCAUGCUGUCAGGAUAUCUUCCCUUUGACGAUGAUCCGUUGAACCCGGACGGAGAUAACAUCAAUUUGCUUUAUAAAUAUAUUAUUAAUACACCUCUUGUAUUUCCGGAUUACGUGAGUCCGGAUGCAAGAGAUUUACUAAGAAAAAUGCUUGUUCCUGAUCCAGUAAAAAGAUGUGAUAUGAGGGCAAUAAUGUCCCAUCGGUGGCUUGCACCUUAUUCGGCUAUUUUCGAUUUUACUGUACAAGAAUUAGAGACCGCUGCUAAUCCGGUAGCAUAUACACCAGCACCUGAGACAUAUAUUCCGGCAUCAAUGUCUGUUCCCAGUAACGGUUACUUGUCGACGGAAUUUUUGACGGAUUCCAAGACACAUAAUAAUAGCAUGCAAUCAUCUAACGCCGUCAAACGUCAUACAAUUCAAGUUGAAUAUGAUUAUCCAGAUAGUACUGGGUUCGUUGAUUACCCGGGAGACGAGGAGUUUAUGUUUGCUGAUGGUACACGUUUAGGCAACAGUAAUUUGGUGCCCCCACCAGAAGAAUUUGACUUGUCUGAUGUAACAGAAGGAGGAUUUUCUAAUGGCAAUUAUAUUAAUGGAUCAUUACCUCCCGCUAAGAUUAAUGCGUCAUUAUAUGCUCAAUCAGACAAACAUUAUAGUGUAACAUCUACUAUCUCUGCUACUUCUAUAAGUAGUGAUACUGGUAGUACACCUCCAGAAACUCCAACUAUGGGAAAAACUCCUGCUGGUAAUGGAUCCGGACUUUUUACCUUAUUUGAGGGUGAUCAAGUGCAUAAUAGUAAAUCUGAAAAUAAUAAUUACACUCAACUUGACAUUGAGCAUGUUACAUUACCACCUCUGAAUGGAUAUCACAACUCAAAACAACAAAUUCAACUGGAUGAACAGAAAAGUAGUACUUCACAAACACCCAAAAAACGUGAUGCUCCGCGUGCCAGACCCGUUACAGUUCAUGGUCCUCCUUCUGGCAAUCCCGAUUUUCUUACAAAUUAUAACAUUCAAUCUAAAACAAAAAAUCCAUCCGCUGACUCACGUAUACAAGCUCAAUUCAUACCACCCAAAGCCACUCCUCCAUCAUCAUCACUUCCUCCCGUUCCCAGUCUUCAUCGUGACUCGCUAGCACCUUCCAAUAUAUUAAAUAUUCCUACCAUCUCACCGCCGCCAACGGCUGCACAUAAAAAUUCACAUAAAAAAGGAUUUGUUCUUCAGAAUGGAACAUCAACAAAUGGUUCAUCCAAUUCUAGUAUUAAUGCUGGCAUCACAAAUAACAAGAAUAAUCAACUAAAUGCAAAGACAAAAUCCCAGUCUGCAAAUGCAUUGCAAGAAAAAUUACAAUCAUCUUCGAUACCACGUCAAAAUAUACAAGAUAUGCCAAUUGACAGUGGUUCAGAUACCACAAGUCUUGUCGAUGAUGUUAAUAGUCUCCCUGAACGACCUUCGAGAGGUGGCAAAAGAAAAGCUUUUAGCUUAAUGGUGGAUUCAUUAAAACUCCCAUUGACUCAGUCGAUCGCAACACACACUAAUCAAGGCACUACAAUAAAAGAAAAGAGAAAAACGAUCAGUGGUUCUACAACUAGUGGCAGUUCAAGUGCUGCGAAAAAAGUCAUGGACUGGUUCAGAAGAAAAUCCUUGGCGAAAAGUGAUGGCCCCAUUCUUCCAACUCCUGCUAAAAUGCCUAAACUCCGAGAAGAGGCCGUUCCAAAUGGAGCAAAUGGAACUACUCAUAAUGAUAAAAUUAACAAGACAAAACGUCCACCUCCAACCGUUGUAGUCACUAACCCAUUAAAUAGCAAUACCUCACGUACUUCCUCAUUUUCUAACUAUAAUUCCCUUGCUAAUGUCGAAUCAAAACUUCGAGUACAUCAUGGUGCAGUCGAUCAAUCAGCUUUAACUUCACGACCACCUUACGAGGUGUUCAUUAUAGUUAAACAAACGCUUGUUAGCAUGGGAAUCGAAAUCAAGCGUGAAGGAGAAUUCAAAACAUUAUUACGUAGGGCAAGUUCCAACAAUAGCCAAUUGUCCCCAUCCUCAAAUUCUGUAUCAUCCACUGCAUCUUCCCCGCCAAGAAAUUACAAGAAAAAAUUAACCCCUUCCGCAUCACCGACUUUCUUAACUACACACAUUAAUGAAGAACCUCUGGCCUUGAAUAUGCCAGUUCCUGCAAUUGCUGGCAAUAACAACAAUAAUAAUGUUGCUAACCCUAGUUCGCUUUCUAGUCCUCAAUUCGGUCCAAAUAUGACAGUCACUACCCCUGGAAAUACAUCACCUGCACCUACGAUUGCAUCAAACAAUUAUUCGAAUUCCAUAAUCGCAACCCCUGAAGUAUUAUACGGGGAUCCGACAGUAGAUUCAGGUGAAGAAGUCCGGUUCUCGGUUGAAUUGUGCAAAAUCAAAAAUCUCCCCGAGCUUUAUAUAGUCGACCUCAAAAGACUGAAGGGAAACAUUUGGGCGUAUAAAUUUUUAUAUCAUACACUUUUGGAAAAACUUGAUCUAAGUGGGAAGGGGGGUUAUUUAACGGUUGGGACAAGUGGCGGUUUUAUUCCUUAA